GUACCGGAAGUACCCCAAGUGGCAUAGCUGCUAUUUUGGCGCACUAUUUAGGACGGUAAUUUGCGGUUUCGGACCGAGCCCAGCCCAGGAGCGGCUGUCAGGAACCAGUUCUGGGUGUGAACUUCAUGCUACAAGAACUUCCCUUUCCAACCUUCCCGACGCGCCUCUGAAAACAUUUCGGCUUCCGUAGCUGAAGUAGCUCAUAGUGUAGACUUUUUCCUUCAUUUCAAUUAUUUAAUAUUUUAUUAAUUUUUCUUUGGCGUUUUUUUCAGGCGAAACUAAGUUCCGACGCGAAGCGACCGAAAAAACAGAGCGUUAAAGAGAAAUGUCAUGGAGUUUUAAUUAACUGUCAAGACGAAUAGAAAACCUGUUAGCUUCCCUGUUAGCUCCUAGGCUACUAUGUCUUUACUUAAUGCUAAUUGUAUAGGGCUGUGAAUGUUAAUGCUAAUGUUAAUGAACAGUUUCUAUGUAAUUUAAAGUGCUGAGUGAAUGAUAAGAAGUAAGGAAGCAUGUCCGUGUGGCUGUUUUAAACAUUUAUUAGCUACAUUUGUUAACAUUUGGAAGCAUAACGCUAGCCGAUAGCUCGAAGUAGGAAAUACGGUAAUAGUGUCCACGUAUUGGACCUCAAAUAACUGUUUCUUGACUGCAGCCUGUGUGUUUAUACUCAAGGAUUUUUUUGAGGAAAAAAACGAUUUAACGCACAAGUUAGCACUUAUUUUAUCAUAUUAGGAGUGAUAUUUGGUUUGGAUCGGAACACAGUGGACAUGUCAGAAGGGUUUGUGAGUUGAGGGAUUAUCAGAAAACACAAAACAAAACAAGCAUGUCCUCCAUUCAUGCCCGGGUCUGAUGAUCAUGAUCAGGAAGAUUACGCUGAUGUUCGCUGAUCUUACACACUCUGUGCGGUUGUAAAUAAGUGUGCUUCAUAUAGAUGGUUGUACACCGGAAGAGAACUGUGUCCAAAUCUGUGCGUUUGCGAGAAUACACUGAAUUUCAGCAGCAACAUGUCCGGAGACAGCAGCGGCAGCAGUGGCGAGGAUUCAGACAGAGAGAGCCGCAAGAAAACCUGUACGGUUAAACAUGAGAUCACUAACGCGAAUCUCACAGGACACACUGAGAAAGUUGGCAUGGAGAACUUUGAACUUCUCAAAGUGCUCGGCACUGGAGCCUAUGGAAAAGUGUUCCUGGUCCGGAAGAUCAGUGGCCAUGAUGAAGGCAAACUUUACGCCAUGAAGGUUCUGAAGAAGGCAGCGAUCGUUCAGAAGGCGAAGACGGCAGAGCACACACGGACAGAGAGGCAGGUUCUUGAACACAUUCGCCAGUCGCCUUUCUUGGUCACGCUGCACUACGCCUUUCAGACCCAGACCAAACUCCACCUUAUCCUGGAUUAUGUGAGCGGAGGAGAGAUGUUCACUCACCUGUACCAGCGUGAUCACUUCGCUGAGGAUGAGGUGCGAAUCUACGUGGGAGAGAUUGUGCUUGCACUGGAGCACUUGCACAAGCUUGGCAUCGUGUAUCGGGACAUUAAGCUGGAGAACAUUCUGCUGGACAGUGAUGGUCAUGUGGUGCUCACUGAUUUUGGCCUGAGCAAGGAGUUUUUGGAGGAGGAGAAAGAGAGGACCUACUCAUUCUGCGGUACCAUUGAGUACAUGGCCCCAGAAAUCAUCAGAGGAAAGGCUGGCCACGGCAAGUCAGUAGACUGGUGGAGUUUGGGGAUUCUCAUGUUCGAGUUGUUGACUGGUGCGUCUCCUUUCACCUUGGAGGGCGAGAGGAACUCCCAGAGUGAGGUGUCCAAGCGUAUCCUACGCUGUGAGCCUCCUUUCCCCUCUAUAAUUGGGCCAGUGGCUCAGGACUUGAUCAGGAAGCUUCUUGUAAAAGACCCACAUAAGAGGCUGGGUUCUGGGCCCAGAGGAGCCGAGGACAUUAAGAGUCAUCCUUUUUUCAAGGGUUUGAAUUGGACAGAUUUGGCAGCAAAGAAGGUUGCAAGCCCGUUCAAGCCAGAGCUGCGUAAUGAGCUGGAUGUGGGGAAUUUUGCUGAGGAGUUCACAGGCAUGGAUCCGGUCUACUCCCCUGCUAGCACACCUCCCAGCACUGACCGUCUCUUCCAGGGCUACUCGUUCGUAGCUCCAUCCAUCUUGUUCAACAAGAAUGCAGUGAUGGGAGAUUUCCUGGACGCUCCAGUGAGCGUGGAUCGGCCUGGCUCUGCUACGGUUCAGCGCAGCGCCAUGUUAAAGGAGUCCCAGUUUUUCCUGCAUUAUGAGCUGUGUCUUCAGGGGCCACCUCUGGGCGAGGGCAGUUUCUCUGUCUGCAGGAGGUGCAGGCACAAGCAGAGUGGCCAGGAGUAUGCCGUUAAAAUCGUCAGCCGCAGGAUGGAGUCCAUGACUCAGAGGGAGAUCGCAGCACUUAGACAGUGUCAAUCUCAUCCGAACAUAGUUACCCUCCAUGAGGUCUACACUGAUCAGUAUCACACAUAUAUGGUAAUGGAGCUGCUGCGUGGGGGCGAACUGCUGGAGAGACUGAAGAAAAAGAAGCUGUUUGCUGAAGGGGAGGCCAGUCAACUGAUGAAGAGCCUGGUGUCAGCCGUCAGCUUCAUGCAUGAGGCCGGAGUCGUGCACCGAGACCUCAAGCCAGAGAAUGUACUUUUUGGCGAUGAGGCUGAGGACUCGUUGCUGAAAGUGAUUGAUUUUGGGUUUGCGCGCUUGUUUCCAGCCGGCAGCGCUCCUCUGCAAACGCCAUGCUUCACGCUGCAGUAUGCUGCGCCCGAACUUUUUCACAACUCCGGAUAUGACAAGGCGUGCGACCUCUGGAGCCUUGGAGUCAUCCUGUACACAAUGCUCUCUGGACAAGUCCCGUUCCAGAGUGAGAAGAAAGGAAUGACCUCAUCACAUGCUGCCGACAUCAUGCACAAGAUUAAAGAAGGAGACUUCUCAUUGGAUGGUGAUGCUUGGAAAGGCGUGUCUGAGGAGGCCAAAGAUCUAGUCAGAGGUUUGUUAACAGUGGACCCUGAGCGGCGACUCAAACUUUCAGAUCUGAAGGAGAACGCUUGGCUGCAGGGCGGAGGCGUGUCUUCUACUCCUCUCUGCACCCCUGAUGUCCUGGAGUCCAGCGGCCCCACCGUCCGCACCUACGUCAAUGCCACUUACAAGGCGUUUAACAGAGGCAAGCGAGAGGGUUUCUUCCUGAAGAGUGUGGACAACGCACCGCUGGCCAAACGCCGCAAGCUGAAGAUGACCAGCACAGGCGUGGAGACGCGCCGCAGCUCUUCAUCCUCAUCUUCCUCAUCUUCCUCCUCAGCUUCUCACGCUAAGACCCAGAUCCCGGACGACGACCCGAAACUGUGACCCUUACCGAUGAUCCAUCACCUCAGCUUUGACGCCAUCAAAGGCUACAUUGACAUCUAAAUUUGGGAAGAGAGGUCAAUGAAGAAAAGCAUUAACUGAAUGAAUUAGAAUUAGAGAGACUGAAAUGAGAGAUGAAGCAGGACAGGUGUGAAGCUUAGAGUCGAGACUGAUCACUGGACAGUCAUUUAACUGAACGUGACAGCUUGAAAACGCAUCGUGUAUGAAUCUAUAAGGGGCCAUCAGCGGCAGGAUCAAGCGGCGGAUUAUUGAAGCCAGUUAAAGGCUAAGUGACUCAUGGAGAGUCCUUACUUUUAGUGGACUCUGACAUCUGAUGUUUUAAUACGACAUGAGCUUUUUGAAUUGAUUGAAUGUACACACAUGAAAUAUUACCUUGUGCAGUGGCGUACAAGGCCUUUUUAGCAAGUAGAGUUUUAGCAAGAAAUGUUAUUUUUCAAAGGGGAAAUGGAGAUAUAACAAGGCUAGGAUGCCAGGACAGAAAAGCCAUAUGGGAUAGAAGGGAAUGAUUUUAGAAUUAUUAUAUUUAAAAAAGAAAUCCAUAUUUGUCACUGUACAGAUCCACAUCUACAGAGAACAGCUUUAUAUGAAUCAUAUACUGUAUACAUUAGGAUGAAUAGUGAAUGUCACUGUACGAGAACGUGCUAAAUGGCAAUAUAUGCAUGACGUUAUUUAUUUUUAAAAAGCUGAAUCACAUGAUCUAAAAGAUAAGCAACUUGAAAGUUUCACCAACUCUUUAAAAAUCUUUAGUUCUGAACCUCAGAUGCUUAAUCGCUUGAUUGGUGCUACUUCAUGUAGGAGGAUGACGAUGAUUUGAACAUUAGGAUGUGGCUGUGCCGUUAAAGCUGCAAUAGGUAGGAAAACUUGAACAAUACUUUUGCUUCCAGAGGCUGUUUUUUUUUUUUUUUUAAUUGACAGUGACCUUAUUGUGCUUGAUUUGUGUAUCGUCUGUAGUAUUUGUUACACCUUCGUAGCAUUUUUACCAGUCUCUUUAAUGAAAAGGGAGCAGUUCGUUUUGGGAUUCUUUUAGAUUUGAAAACUCCUACUUAUUGCACCUUUAUGGCCCUUGUCUUAGUUUUUCGCAUCUUGUAGUACUGAUUUGUGUGUGAACUUGCAUGCCAACUCUAUAGAAUCCUCAAAACAGUGGAUAUUUUCUUCCCCUCCUUUAACACACUGUACUUGAACAAAAAAAAUCCACCACCUCUUCUUUGCAAAAAUCUGGCUCCUCUGCCUUCCUUCGAAUUUUUUUAAAGGGCUUCAGCACACUUGCGUCUGAAGUGUGUGUUAUCUAGCACUGUGAGAGACAGAGAGCGUCAAGAAGCGAAGCUGUCUUUCACUCUUCAUUUUUUCCACCCCCAAGUCCUCGCUUUUCAGGAGCUGCUGGAAAGUCAAGACAAGUCUCGGUUUCUCUGGAGUCUGGUGAUCUCUUAACAGUGACUGGAGAGAUACAGACUGAGAGACUCGAAUGGACAGAUUGAAUAAUAGUGUAAGGAAAGGGCAUGAAGUCACCGUGAACACUCAUUAACCAUUCAUGAGGUUGGGAUGUGAUACCGCUGUCUGUACCAUGUUGUCCUGAAAUGCAGCAUUCUUCUCAUAUUCAAUGCCAAAAAUAAUCCUGCAGGAAGGACACAUUCGUAAUCGUCAUGAUGUGAUGACAACUUUGUCAAACGCACUUGGCUUUGAAGGGCCCAAAUCGGCGUAGAAAGCACUAGCGCUCUGCCGUGUUCGGUUUUCAUUUUGCCUCCAUGUUGCAUACGGAAAAUAAUGUGAACAAAACAUGGCUCAAGUUUUAAUUGCUCUUCUGACGGAUUUGAUCUUCUGAUUUUCAGUGUUUUAAAUGUGAUGAUGCCAAACAAGUUUCAGUCCGCCGCAUUUAAGGACACUUUUCAAAAUCCUGACUGAUGAGCACACUGAUAACACACUUUAACAUGUUCAUUUUUUUAAAUUUGAUUAAAUCAUUCUACGUUUCUACUUUGAUGACGUCGCACAAGUUGAGGUUGAAAUUGAUGACGUGUUUCCAGCUAUAAAAGAAACAGCGGCUCACAUCUUUGAUAUUUAUUACGUUUUAUUCUGCUGUGUUAUUUUGAGUAAUGGCUAUGGCUUCCUGCUUGCUUUAUUUGGGAUCUGUGUGAUUUUGUGCGUCUAUUUUUAGUGAUGUACUUUUUUGCCGUAAGGAACAUCCUAUUCUUUGCUCCUACAAGUCCUGCACACUGCACUAAAAACAAAAUAGUAUUUGUGGAAAUUAUGGAAAUAUUCAUGGCUUAGAUCACAAAGCGUUUAUUUGUUGUAAUGAUGAUUUUAUUGUCUUCAGUUUCUCUUGUUGGUGUUUCGAGUCCUUUUUAUGUAUCUAAUGUUUUUAGUUCUGAAUUGCAUGUUUUACUAUUUUACAUUUUUAUAUAACAAUUGGUGUUCUGUCUUCUGAUACUAAAGUUGUUUUUAUAAGAAAAGAGCAUUAUGAAACUGAAAUCAAAUGCACUGUUUGAAGGCAACAUGAGAUAACCCCCCAUUGAAAACACUGUUAAAUCUUUAACAUAAAAUAUAAAUCACUUCACUAUUCUUAAA